ACUGUUAAGCGCGAUUCCUUACGGGCUAUAGAACAAAAAAUUCAGCAAUUAUGGGAAAAUGAACAUGUAUUUGAAAUUAAUGCACCCACAAUUGAGGAAGAACCCAAUGAUUCUGUUUUACACGAAAAGUAUCCGAAACAUAUGGGAACUUUCCCAUAUCCUUAUAUGAAUGGAAGAUUACAUUUAGGCCAUCUUUUCACCAUUACAAAGCUUGAGUUUGCCACCGGUUAUGAGCGAAUGAAAGGAAAGAGAGCUUUAUUUCCUUUAGGUUUUCAUUGUACUGGUAUGCCAAUUAAGGCUUGUGCCGAUAAACUAUCUCGUGAAAUCGAACAGUUUGGACCUGAUUUUAAAAUACCAGAUCAAAAUGUUUUAGAAGAAGGUGUUAAAGAUUUAGGAUUAAAUGAUGAUAAUGCUAUUAAAUCACAAGAUGUUUCUGAUACAGUGACUAAAGUGACUAGUAAAAAGGGUAAAAUUGCUGCAAAGUCGACGGAUCUGAAAUAUCAAUUUAAAAUAAUGCAAAGUAUGGGUGUACCUCAUAAUGAGAUUGCGAAAUUUGCAGAUUCAACUCAUUGGCUUUAUUAUUUUCCUCCAUUGGCCAUUAAUGAUUGCAAAGCUAUUGGCGCUAAAAUUGAUUGGCGUAGAUCCUUUAUUACCACUGAUGUAAAUCCUUAUUAUGAUUCUUUUGUUCAGUGGCAAAUGAGAAAAUUAAAGGAUCUUAAUAAGGUGAAAUUUGGUGAACGAUAUACUAUAUAUUCACCGUUUGAUGGACAACCUUGCAUGGAUCAUGAUCGACAAAGUGGUGAAGGUGUUGGUCCACAAGAAUAUACUGGAAUUAAACUUCAAGUAGUAGAAUGGAGUAAAGAUGCUCAAAGUAUUUUAGGUUCAGUUAAGGAGUUAGAAGACAAAAAUAUAUAUUUCGUUGCUGCUACUUUAAGACCUGAAACAAUGUAUGGUCAGACAAAUUGUUUUGUUGGAACUGGUUUAACUUAUGGCCUUUUUAAAAUAAAUGAGACGGAUGUAUUUUUAUGCACUCAUCGUGCUGCUCGUAAUAUGGCAUUCCAAGGUUUUUCUUGCGAACGUGGUGUAGUUCAUCAAUUGACUGAAAUUAAAGGUGCCGCUUUAAUUGGUACUAAAGUGAGAGCUCCAUUAAGCGUAUAUGAUCAUGUCUAUAUCUUGCCAAUGGAAAAUGUUUUAGCUACAAAGGGUACAGGAGUUGUCACUUCUGUGCCUUCGGAUUCUCCUGAUGAUUAUACAGCGCUCCAAGAUCUCAAGAAAAAAUCAGCUUAUUAUAAGAUUGAUCCUUCGUGGGCAGCUUUCGAUCCUGUUCCUAUUAUAGAUACUCCGACAUAUGGUAAUUUAGCGGCACCAACGGUGUGUCAACAAAAAAAGAUUAAUUCCCAAAAAGAUCGUAUACAAUUAGCUGAAGCCAAGGAUUUAGUAUAUAAAGAAGGGUUUUAUAAUGGUGUUAUGUUAGUUGGUGAUUUCAAGGGUAAACCAGUGCAAGAAGCGAAACCUUUGGUUAGAAAUUUAUUGGUUUCCACCGGUCAAGGAUUUGUAUAUAAUGAACCAGAAGGUCUUGUAAUGUCACGAUCUGGUGACGAAUGUGUUGUAGCAUUGUGUGAUCAAUGGUAUUUGGACUAUGGUGAAGAAGAAUGGAGGAAACAGGCUGAAAAUUGUUUAAAAAAAUUAAAUACACAUGGUAAUGAGACAAGGCACCAGUUCGAACAAACCCUUGCUUGGUUAAAUAAAUGGGCUUGCGCUAGAUCUUAUGGUCUUGGGUCAAGAUUACCGUGGGAUCCUCAAUAUUUAGUGGAAAGUUUAUCUGAUUCCACGAUAUAUAUGGCAUAUUAUACGGUUGCACAUUUAUUACAUGGUGGUACUCUUGAUGGUUCUAAGCCAGGACCGCUCGGAAUUCAGGCUUCGGAAAUGACAGAUCAAGUUUGGGAUUAUAUAUUUUGUGAUGGAUCAUUUCCAACAACGUCCUCAAUUACACAAGAAAAACUUGACAAGUUGAAACGGGAGUUCAAAUAUUUUUAUCCUUUAGAUUUAAGAGUUUCUGGAAAGGAUUUAAUUCCAAAUCAUUUGACAUUCUUUAUUUAUAAUCAUGUUACUAUUUUUCCCGAACACAAUUGGCCUCGUGGUAUAAGAUCAAAUGGUCAUUUGCAAAUAAAUGGUGAAAAAAUGAGUAAAAGUAUUGGCAAUUUUAUGAUCAUUGCAGAAGCAGUCGAGAAGUAUGGUGCUGAUGCUACUAGACUUACUUUAGCAGAUGCAGGAGAUUCAAUUGAAGAUGCCAAUUUUGAAGAAUCUACUGCUAAUGCGGCAAUUUUAAGGUUAUUUACAUUGAAAGAAUGGUGCGAGGAACAAGUUAAAAAUCAAGAUAGUCUUCGCACAGGUCCGACAAAUAGUUUUCAUGACCGUGUAUUUGAGAACGAAAUUAAUAAAUUAAUUCAACAAACAAACAAAGCUUAUGAAGACACUUUUUAUCGUGAUGCACUUAAAUAUGGAUUUUAUGAGCUUCAAACAGCGCGUGAUUGGUAUCGCGAAGCUACAAUGAGCGAAGGAAUGCAUAGAGAUCUGAUCUUGCGAUGGAUAGAAGUACAAGCAUUAUUAAUAUCACCAAUUGCACCACACUGGUCUGAAUAUAUUUGGAGUGAAAUCUUAUCGAAGAAAGGAUUUAUCAUUGAUGCAUCUUUUCCGAAAUUGUCAUGCGCAGUCGACGAAAGUUUGCUCGAAGCAGCAGAAUAUGUUCGAAAAAUUAUUAAAUCAAUACGUGAUUUAGAAAUUUCAUCGCAAAAGAAAAAGAAGAAAGGUAAAGCAGAAGAUUUUGAUCCAAACAAACCGAAAACAAUUAAAAUUAUUAUUGCAACAAGUUUUCCGGAAUGGCAAGAUAUUGUUGUUGAAGCGUUAAAACAGAAUUUCAAUGAGGACACGAAAUUGUUUGAUGAUAUUAAAAUUAGAGAAUAUUUAUCAGAAAAAGGAAUUUUGAAGAAUAAAAAGACAAUGCCAUUUGUUCAAGAGUUCAAAAAACGAGUGGAAAAAUUUGGCAAAAUAGCGUUUAACAGAGCAUUAUUGUUUAAUGAGUAUGAUACACUUGUGACAUCUAAAGAAUAUUUGCAACGUAGUCUAGGGUAUGUUGAUGUAAAAAAUAUUGUAGAAACUUAA